CGUCCGCCAGAUAAUGGUCAAAAAGCGCAAGAUCAGAAGGGUGAUUGCCAAGGAGGACCUCAGGAGGUGUCAGAGGCAGGCGUGCAGGAAAAUCCCCCAACUGCUCGACACCAUCCAGACUGACCCCAGCUCACUCAACAUACGCCGGUUCUAUGGCUACUUUGGCGUAUACCUCGCCAGUAUAUAUGGCCAUAGAACCGGCGUGUUGACCAAUAUGACCCUGGCCGAAGUGGACGAGGCGCGGGUUGACGCCAGGACCGCAGACCAGGGCUUUGUCAUUAACGUGAAAGAGCACAAGACAAAUCGGGCUUUUGGGCCAGCCCAAGUGUACCUCACAGUGGAGGAGUUUGGAUGGCUGGAGCAGUGGCUCCAAAUAAGGGAAACCCUUCAGCCAUCCACUGACCUGGUAUUUUUCAACGAGAACUACCAGAAGAUCAAGAACCUACAACAACACCUCCAGAGCGCAUGGGCAGAAAUGGGGUUAUCAGGUUCCCCCACAUUUACAGAUUUUAGGACCUCGAUAGCAACAUAUGCUAGAGAUGCAUUGUCCCCGGGAACCCGGACAAAGGUCAGCAAAACGAUGUGCCAUGACACCGCCACAGCGGAGAAAUUCUACGCAAUGCACCAGACAGCUACACAGCUGUCUGAGCUGCGUAAGAGGUUCCAGGAGGCUACGGACCCGGCAGUCUCAGGUCCCGGGAAAGUGGCGGAGCCUGUCAUCCUGGAGUCUUCCAGCGAUGAGGGAGAAGGCGAGGGUCCUGUGAAGAAGAAGAGGAGAGUAGCACCCAGGGUUGGUUCCACAAGCCAGGAGUCCCCAGAGGCCCAGGCAGAGUCCACGGAGGCCCAGGCAGAGUCCACGGAGGCCCAGGCAGAGUCCACGGAGGCCCAGGCAAAGUCUCCAGAGUCCCAGGCAGAGUCCCAGGCAGAGUCCCAGGAUGAGUCCCAGGACGAGUCCCAGGACACACAGAGGAAAAGGGGCCGACAAAGUCUGUCAUUCACACCAAAAAGAAGCCCCUUAAUGCUAUACAGGUUGCGGGAGCGACAGCGGCGGAGCACACCGCGUGUGUUUCGCCUGAGGGCCAGACAAAGAAAGUUCCAAUAAUUAUUUAUUUAUUGUUCUUUGUAAUAUAGUUAUUUAAUUCUUGAUAAUGGUGUUAUAUUUUUUGUAAAUAAAUGUAAAUAUUGUUUAA